GGACGACAAGACGUACGCAACACCUGGUACGACUGCCCUCCCUUCCUCACCUACAACGUCUUAAGGACAUCACACCACCCACUCAGCACCGCCCAUCAUGUCACUCAAGGUGCCAAAGGCGGGGAUGAACCUCUUCAAGGACGGCUACAAGCUGCUCCAGGGGACAGAAGAAGCCGUUUUGCGCAACAUCACUGCCGUGUCAGAGCUCAGCGAGAUGCUCAGGACAAGUUUCGGUCCCAAUGGCAGGAAUAAGCUUCUCAUCAACCAUCUCUCCAGGUCCUUCAUCACCUCUGAUGCAGCCACCAUCCUGCGCGAGCUCGAAGUGGUACAUCCUGCCGGCCGACUGGUCGUCCUAGCAUCACAGCAACAAGAGGCAGAGAUGGGAGACGCCACCGCACUGGUCAUCACAUUGGCAGGAGAGCUUCUGCGCAAAGCAGAACAGCUCAUCAACCUCGGCCUGCACCCUUCAGAGAUCCUCCAGGGGUACGAGCUGGCGAGGGAUCGUGCCCUACAGGAGCUGGAGACGCUCACAGUCGCUGAGCUCGCCAACCCUCCUACACCAGAGUCUCUGGCUCUGGCUCUGAGGCCUUGCAUUGCUUCCAAGCAAUACGGUCAAGAAGAAAUCCUCGCACCCCUCGUAGCCCAAGCAGUCUCUCUCGUCCUACCGCCUCCAUCAUCCGACGCAGCCAAGACAUCCAGCUUGAAGGACUUCAAUGUGGACAACGUGAGGGUUGUCAAGAUCAUGGGAGGCUCGCUAUCGGACUCGAGGGUCGUGCGUGGAAUGGUAUUCGGCAGAGAGCCCGAGGGCGUGGUGAAGAAGAUCACAGAUGGUGGAAAGGUGGCCGUCUUCAGCUGUGGUCUGGACAUCGGUCAGACCGAAACAAAGGGAACAGUACUGCUGCACAACGCAAAGGAGCUGAGCACUUUCUCACAUGGUGAGGAGAAGCAGCUGGAGAAUAUCAUCAAGGAGAUUGCAGACUCGGGAGUCAAGAUUGUCGUCUCGCAGUCCUCGGUGGGCGAGCUGGCUCUCCACUAUCUGAACCGUUACAACAUCCUCUGCAUCAAAAUUCUCUCCAAAUUCGAGCUGAGGAGACUGUGCAGGCUUAUUGGUGCUACCCCUCUCGCUCGAGUCGGCGCUCCAACACCGGAAGAGGCAGGAUGGACCGACAUCGUUGAGACAAUUGAGAUCGGUGGUGACAGGGUGACCGUCUUCAGGCAAGAGGAGGGCAAGCCAGGUGGCAAAGCCAAGCCCCGCAUGGCCACCGUUGUGCUCCGAGGCGCUACCGCCAACCACCUUGACGACGUGGAGCGAGCCAUUGACGAUGGAGUCAAUGUGAUCAAGUCUCUCACUCGGGAUCCCAGACUGGUCCCUGGCGCCGGUGCAACUGAGAUCGAGCUUGCAAGGAGGAUUGGCGAAUACGGCGAGAAGACACCUGGGCUGAACCAGCACUCUAUUCGCAAAUUCGCCGAGGCUCUCGAAGUCGUACCUCGCACACUGGCCGAGAAUGCCGGACUGGACGCAACCGAGGUCGUCUCCUCACUAAUGGCACGACAUGCCACCAAGGAGGGAGAAGACGUAGGAGUGGACAUCGAGGAUGAGGGUGAAGAGGGGACCAUCUCCACUAGGGAGAAUCAGGUGUUUGAUGUCCUUGCUGCAAAGAGCUGGGCGAUCAAGUAUGCUGUUGGAGCGGCAAUUACAGUGCUCAAUGUCGACUCGAUCAUCAUGAGCAAGCCGGCGGGGAUCAAGGUGCCCAAGCAGAACCCCAACUGGGACGAUGAUUAGAUGGGUCAGCCUAUGCAAGUGAGGAAGAGAGGGGGGAAGGCGCCGUUGACACUGAGCCAAUGCAGUUUUCGACAAGUAACUUUGACGGAGCAAGAGGAGAAGGACUCCUACGGCCCACUUCUAUGUAUACUCUCGUGAUUCCUACACACCCUGCCACUCGCCCAAUACAACCAAACGUGCCCAUC